UUGAGUCGUGUUUGAGGUUAUAUUUAAAAAAAAAACAUAAAAAGUAAUGCCAACAGUAAUUGUUUCUAUGUGUAUCAUAAUUUAUAGUUGAAAUUCAAUAUAUAAAUACACUACUGUUACGUUCUAAUGUGGAUGUAUUGUUAUAUAUAUAAUUUAUCACAAAAGGACAAUAUUUUUAAAAACGAUGUGUAAAGUGACAGAUGACAAUUUAGAUUUUUAAAAUCUACCUUCAUUGGCUAGAAAUAUCAGGAUAAGUGUUGCAAGUUCCUAAAAAAUUCACCGCUUCAAACUAUUUUACUGACAAAAUGUCUAAUGAACUUCAUGAACUCAACCUAGAUAAUAUUUCUUGGAAAUCUAUAAAAAACGUUGGGCUCGACUUGGAUUAUGCUGUCGCUAUACCAAAAGCAAAUGCAUCAGCAAUUCUCCAAGAACUUGAGAACUCAUUGGAAUACUUUAAGGGCGAUUUAUCGAAAAUAAAAGUGUUCGGUAAAAUAUAUCCUUUACCUAGACAACAAGUCGCUUACGGGGAUCCGGGUAUAACUUAUACUUAUUCUAAUCUUACCGUACCCGCUCUACCGUGGCCUGAACCUGUUCUAGCUUUAAGAAAUUUUCUUUUCAAACUUAAAGGCAUUAAAUACAAUUUUGUUUUAGUUAACAAGUAUCGAGACGGUAAUGAUCAUAUGGGAGAACACAGGGACAAUGAACCCGAGCUUGAUCCAAAUAUUCCUAUAGCUUCAAUGUCUUUUGGACAGGAGAGAAUGUUUGUCCUAAAACAUAAAGAAGCCAGAAAACCUGGACCGAACAGAAAAGAAAUUGCCCCAGUCACAAUAAAACUGGAACAUGGAAGUGUUUUGUUCAUGAAUCCGCCUACUAAUGACAUCUGGUACCACAGUUUACCCAAGAGAAAGAAAAUGUUGGGAAUAAGAAUAAAUUUAACCUUUCGAAAGAUUCAUAAUAAAGCCUAAAAAUAUUAGAA